AUGCAUCGCUUUGGCCCACUGCUUAUGAAUCACUUGGACCAGCUCCUGGAGCUUGCCGAUUUCAGCAGCAGUGUUGAAGAAGAAUACCUUCAGAUUGCUGAGUGUCUUGAGAAGAUGCGCCAGCGAUGCUGCCAGCUGGAUUGUGAUCUGAAGAAGACAAGGCAACAGUUACGCCAAUCAGAAUCUGAGUGUUCUGUGCUGCAGGUGAAAUUGAAACAUGCCCAGAACCAAGUAGAGGUAGAAAUGAAGAAAAGACGUUGGGCAGAAGCUGAGCUGGAAAAGCAGGAAUGCAAAUUGCAGCUUAUCUAUAAAUUCCUCAUGGAGGAUCCACAGAUCAGUCCCCGCACUGAAGAUCAACAUGCAGACCUGGCCAUUGUUGAGAAGCUGCGUUUCAACCACAGUAGCCCACUGCCUAGAAAACAACCUUCCCAUAAGCAAUGCAAAAUCUGCCCUGGAAAGGGUAUACUAGCUGAUUUUGCACCUUCCAAGCCGCCUCGGGUGCCCCCCAUUGUGGUUCAGUGUGUGGCUCAAAUAGAGAAACGUGGCCUGCGAGAG